AUGCAUUACAGAUUGGAUGAGCCGAUGGAGGCUAUGGUUAAACAACUUACUUUACUAAUGACGAAAUUAAAAUCCGAAGAUUAUAAACACUCGUUACCUCCUCCAUUUCUUGAAAAGUAUACAAAGGAUAUCCUAUUUCUGGAAUUAUACGGAAGAGAAUUACUCCAAGAAUUAGUUCAAAUGAAAAAUUAUAAAGAAAGUAAUAAACUCUUCGAUUUUAUUAUUAGUUUCAGAAAGGCAAUAGUUGUACCAACUUAUUAG